AUGCCCAGAGUAUAUCUUUUCAGUGAUCCGGCGAAUGUAUUCUCUUUGAAUUACAUGAAAACACUUAGAUUCUGGCUCAACAGCAUCGCAUCAUGGCCACACAAAGUAUCUGGAGGCUCAAAUAUCACGACAAAUAUUUCAACUAUUUACCGUUGUAUGCUAAUUAUGCUUCUUGUUAUGAACAUUUGUACAACCAUAACUUAUUGGAAGAAGCACGUAGACACUGAUUUUGGACAAAUGUAUCUCAACGUAAUGCUAUCAGCUAUAUGUAUUCAAAGAUUGUUCCUACCCUUCCAGGAGAAGUAUUGUUCGGUCGUGAACAAAUUCAUUUUGGACUUUCAUUUAAUCCACCACAGGCACGACGCAGAUUCGAUUCAGGUGUACGAUCGGAUCAAUAAAAUGUGCACAAUAGUUUCUGUCGCUAGCCGAUCGCAGACAUUCGUAGCAUUAAUUUUGUAUAACAUGGUACCUUUAUACAAAAGCUACAAAGCUGGAAUGUUCAGUGAACACAGGCCACAAAACGCUACAUUUCAACACGCUGUUGAUUAUGAGAUACCAUUAAAUCAGUACACCUUAUACCGUGAUUACAUCAUUAUAUUUAUUUACAACUGGUACGCGUCCUAUAACGUAGCUAUUUGUAUUUGUAUGUAUGAUCUCUUAAUUUUUACCAUAGUGUUUCAUAUUUGGGGUCAUUUAAAUAUUCUUAUUCAUGAUCUGAAAUAUUUCGUGCGGCCGAGUCUUCAAUGUUUUGAAAAUAACUAUUCAGUUCCUGCUACACAAGAAGAUAUGGCAAGUCGAUUAAAAGAUAUAAUAAAGCGCCAUCAAAAAAUUAAAGAGUUCAUGUCAAGGACUUCAGAAGCGUUCAGCACCCCGUUAUGCUGUUAUCUCCUUUUUAACCAACUAAGUGGCUGUGUUAUGCUGCUGAAAUGCUCUUCACUGGACCCUAUGGACCUAUGGAGAUACGGACUAAUGACGGUGAUUAUAUUCCAGCAGCUAAUAGAAACAUCGGUUAUUUUCGAACUCGUUCGUUCAAAGGGUGACAUCCUUCCGGACAAAGUGUACGAGCUUCCUUGGGUAUGUAUGGAUAUUCGAAACCGGAGGAUAUUUCUUAUGUUCCUUAACAACGUGCAGACACCAUUAGCCAUCAAAGCUGGUGGCAUACUCCCCGUUGGGGUUAUGACCAUGUCUAUGAUUUUAAGAAACUCCUGUUCCUACUUCAUCAUGCUGAGAACAUUUACACAAUCUUAG